AUGUUGGGAGGUGAUGAGGGCUCCGCAACGGUGGCACCCCCCUCAGAAGAGCCGGUGCGGCUGUUGAGUGUGCCAGAGUACCUUGAAAGCACGGUGAUGGCUGUGCUGACGGAGGGACUGGAGGAUCUGUGUCGUCAACGCCCGGCGAACCCGAUAGACCAUCUCGCUCUGUUUUUGCUGCGCCGCUCAAAAAGCAACACCGUGACGGAAGUACCAGCCAAAGACGCGAUACCCGCUGAGCCUCCAAAGAAAUAUGAGUAA